AUGAUUUUAUUCUUUAUUCUUUCUAAUAAUUUAUAUUUUUUCAUUUCUCUCUUGCUCGCUUUCUCAUUUUUUCUUUCUCUCUCGCUUUCUCACUUUUUUCUCUCUUUCUUCUUCUUCCCAAGUUUUCAUUCUUCAUUUUCUUUUCUUUUUCCAGGUUUCAUUCUACAUUUUCUUUUUUUUAUUCAUUUUCCGUUUUCAUUUCUCUCUAUCUAUCUAUCUCUGUCUCUGUCUCUCACACACACACACACUUUCUCUCUCUUUCUUCUUCUUCUUCUUCUUCUUCUUCUUCUUCUUCUUCUUCUUCUUCUCAGUGUUUCAAUCUCAAUUUUCUUUUUUUUUCAUCUUCUUUUUUCAUUUCUCUCUCACACUUUUUUCUCUUCUAUUUCUUUCUUCUUCAUUCCAGGGAUUCAUUCUUCAUUUUCUUUUUUCCAUUUCUUUUUAUUUCUCCCUCUGUCGCUUUCUCUAUCUCUCUCUCUUUUGGUUUCUUUCUCUCCCACUCGCUUUCUUCUUCUUCCCAGGGUUUCAUUCUCUAUUUCCUGUUUUCAUUAUCUCUCUCUCUCUCUCUUCUUCUUCUUCUUCUUCUUCUUCUUCUUCUUCUUCUUCUUCUUCUUCUUCUUCCCAGGGUUUUAUUUUUCUUUUUUUAAUCAUUUUCUUUUUUCAGUUUUCUCUUUCCCCCAACACUCUCUCUUUUUCUUCUCCCCCUUUUUUUCUUUUUUUUUUUUCUAUUUUAAUUUUCUUAUUUAUUUAUUUCUCUCUCUCUCUUCUCUCUCUCUCUCUCUCUCUCUGGAUUUGAAAUUGGUUAAAUUCUUUUUUUUUUUUUCAUUUCCUUUCCUUUUUUCAUUUCUUCUCUCUCUCUCUCUCUCUCUCUCUCUAUCUAUCUAUCUAUCUAUCUAUCUAUCUCUUUUUCUUCUUCCCAGAUUUUCAUUCUUCUUUUUCUUUUUCUUUUUUUUUCAUUUCUCAUCCCAAAUUAUUCUUGCUCUUUGUUUUUAUAAACUUCCACCGUUUCUUUAA